AGGACUUCUUUAGAGGACCCUUCCUCUUCCUCAUUGGAGCACUCAUCUUCGUCACCCUUAGCCUCUGGACUAGACGAGCACUCACCGCCCCACCACCUGAGAGGAUUGUUCUUUAACACUGGAGUCUUCAUCGUCACCAGAGUCUUCCUCAAUUGACUCUGUCUCUGGCUGACUAAACAAACACACACACACACACACACACACACACACACACACACACACACCCUGCGGCUUUUCACAUCUCUCUGUUGGACAGAGAACACACACACACACUCACACACAUACACACACACACCUCCUAAGGAGUGGAGGUCGUUGUGCAGAGGUCAUCACCAGCCUCAUCUGAGAGGACUGAGUGAAAGCCCAGGAAGAGAGAGACAGAGAGAGGAGGAGAGAGAAGAGAAAAGGAAGGAGGGAGGACAGAGGGGGUGCAGUGCUCCUUUGAAGAAGAGAGAGAUCCUGUCUCUGUGUUCAGUUACACAAACAGAACCCCAGUUCUGUGUUCCAUCUCUGGAAGAACACCACAGUUCCGUGUUCCGUCAGGGGAAUAGAACUUCAGCUCUGGUUUCCCCCAUUUCUCUGUGCCUCAUGGGGAGUGUUCCCCAGCUGUGAGGAGUGAACUGUACACACACACGCACACACACACACACACACACACACAGCCUGUGUGGAGAAGAGCCGCUUUCUCUGUGGAGUGAAGCCAAACUCUCGUCACCAUGGGAGAGUGGACGAUUCUGGAGAGGCUGCUGGAGGCCGCUGUCCAGCAGCACUCUACUAUGAUCGGCAGAAUCCUGCUGACAGUGGUGGUCAUCUUCCGUAUCCUGAUCGUAGGCAUAGUGGGGGAGAAGGUGUAUGAGGACGAGCAGAUGAUGUUCAUAUGUAACACACUGCAGCCCGGCUGCAACCAGGCCUGCUACGACAAGGCCUUCCCCAUCUCGCACAUCCGCUACUGGGUCUUCCAGAUCAUUCUGGUGUGCACGCCCAGCCUGUGCUUCAUCACCUACUCCGUGCACCAGGCGGCAAAGCAGCGCGACCGCGCCUACACCCACCUCCACGGGCCGUACAUCGACCACGGGCACGCGCCAGGCCGCAGCAAGCUGCAGCGCAUCAACGGCAUUCUGGUGCACUCGGGGGAGAAGGAUGACCACGAGGAGGGCAAGGACCUGCCCAAUGCGCCACGCGGCAUGGGGGGCACCGGCAAGGGCGGCAUCAAGGUGCGGCGGCUGGAGGGCGUGUCGCGCUUCUACGUCAUCCAGGUGGUGUUCCGGAACGUUCUAGAGAUCGGCUUCCUGGCGGGUCAGUACUUCCUGUACGGCUUCAACGUGCCGGCCAUGUUUGAGUGUGACCGCUAUCCGUGCGUGAAGGAGGUAGAGUGCUACGUGUCACGUCCGACGGAGAAGACGGUCUUCCUGGUGUUCAUGUUCGCCGUAAGCGGCAUCUGUGUGGUACUCAACCUGGCCGAGCUCAAUCACCUGGGCUGGCGCAAGGUCAAGACGGCGAUUAGGGGAGCGCAAGCCCGACGCAAGUCCAUCUGCGAGAUACGCAAGAAGGAUAUGUCGCACAUGUCGCAGGUGCCCAACCUGGGCCGAACGCAGUCCAGCGAGUCUGCCUACGUCUGACCCCCAGGGGUUAAAGGUCAGAGGUCAAGAUUAGUCUCUGACCCAUGAGUAGUAGCAUAGCCGAAUCAUUUGAUACCACGAGGAUAGGACUCGUUAUGAAGUGACAAAAAUAAUAGAAUUUAUUCCGUUUUCAUACUUUAUUCAGAGGGACAGCAGGUGCAGGGUAGCAUAUCCGCACCUCUCAAUGGUCUCCCAAUCCCUUCACCAAACCACCUCAAGAAUUUUUUUUGAGUGGGAGGCAGGUAUGAAAAACUUUUCUGGACAGUCAAAAAUACACUGACACAUACACACACACACACACACACACACACACACACACACAGACACACACACACACAUACAGAAAGACAGACACACAGUGCCCCUGAGAACUGCUUACACACACUGCGCCUGAGAACUGCAGGCUCCAUUGCAAAGGUGGAGAGAUGUCUCAGGCACACUGCUGUUGCUGCUGAACUGUGGGUGGGUGGGCCUCCUCCACUUGAUCUUAAUCAGUAUGGGCACUCUGACUGACUCCCAUCAGUACAGCCUCCAGAGGAGCGGGGACAGGAGAAAGGAGAAGCCAUUUCCCCUCUCUGGAGACAGAGAGGAGAAAAGGGCUCCCAGGCUCCUUCAGAGACUGCGGAGGAGAAGGAGAAGGAGGAGAGACGCUGAAGCCACCUCAUGGCCUCCCACGCAGACUCACACCUCACUGAGCCCCAUGGGACUGUGGGCGUCUUCCAGCAGAGUGCGUCAGAGCGAGCAAGAGAGAGAGAGCGAGAGAGAGACUUUGAUAGUGGAUUGGCCAUUGACUGGAGGGAACUCCUUAUAAGAGCCUACCCUGCAUGAUGAGGGACU